AUGGCAGACCUCGGCGCAGAGUCCGUCGUCAGCGUCGAGUACCGCGGGCGCGUCGCCGUCAUCACCAUCGACAACGACAAGAAGCUCAACGCCCUGGGCCAGCUGCAGUACUAUGCGCUGGCGCGCGCCAUGCAGGAGGUGGCCAAGCACGAUGAGGUGUUUGUCACGGUGAUUCUCGCCAAGGGGCGUUACUUUUCGGCCGGCGCCGACGUCUCCAUCAGCCGCGCCGCCCCCGUCGACGCGACCGACUCGCACAAGCUCUGGCUCUCCACCUUCGUCGCCUUCAACCUCAACAUCACGCACACCUUCGCCACGCACCCCAAGGUCCUCGUCGUCGGCCUCAACGGGCCCGUCAUCGGCCUCUCCGCCGCCCUCGUCUCCUUCGCCGACUUCAUCUACGCCGUGCCCCACGCCUUCCUCCUCACCCCCUUCUCCUCCAUCGGCCUCGUCGCCGAGGGCGGCGCCUCCCGCGCCCUCGUCCAGCGCCUCGGCCCCGCAAAGGCCAACGAGGCCCUCAUCAUGAGCAAGCGCCUCUGGGCCAAGGAGCUGCUCGACGCGGGCUACCUGAAUGAGAUCUUUGACUACCCCAAGGGCGAGGACGCUGCGUUUAGGGAGCGCGUGCUCAAGGAGGUGGAUGAGCGUCUGGGGGACCACCUCAAUGGCGAGAGCCUCGUCGGUAUCAAGAAGCUCAUCCGCCGCCCUGAGCUCGAGACGAUUCACAAUGCAAACGUCCACGAGGUCUUUGCCGGGCUCGACCGCUUCGUCAAGGGCAUCCCCCAGGAGGAGUUCCGCAAGCUGGCCAGCGGCGAGAAGAGACACAAGCUGUGA